GCAAUAUUCAUAUUCAACAAUCUUCUGCUCUACAGCUCAGUUGGGGACGAGACGUUUGAUAACAUGGAUGAAGAUACUGGGGGCCCUUCUCCUUAACAAAGACAUACCGAGUCACGAAGAGAGAGACAAUCAAGAAAGAACCGAUCCGAGCAUGGAGAGUUUUAAUGGAUCAAGUCCUCACAAUGUGAGCGGUGGUGGUGGUGGUGAUGUGGUCAGCACCACCCCUACCCUGGAUCCCUACAGCACCCUGGAGAAGACCCUGAUCAUCCUGGUGGCUGGCUCCCUCAGUCUUGUCACCAUCAUCGGAAACAUUCUGGUCAUGCUCUCGAUAAAGGUCAACAGAAACCUACAGACUGUCAACAACUACUUCCUGUUCAGCCUGGCCUGCGCGGAUCUUAUCAUUGGCCUGUGCUCCAUGAACCUGUACACUGUGUAUGUCGUGAUUGGUUACUGGCCCUUGGGUGCCAUAGUGUGUGAUCUGUGGUUGGCUGUGGACUACGUCGUGAGCAACGCCUCGGUCAUGAACCUCCUCAUCAUCAGCUUUGACCGCUAUUUCUGCGUCACCAAACCACUCAGCUACCCUGUGCGUCGCAGCACUAAGAUGGCAGGCUUGAUGAUUGCCGCCGCUUGGGUCCUGUCCUUCGUCCUCUGGGCACCGGCCAUUUUGUUUUGGCAGUUCAUUGUUGGCGGGCGCACAGUGCCGCAGGGGGAGUGCUACAUCCAGUUCUUCUCAAACGCCGCUGUGACCUUUGGCACGGCCAUCGCCGCCUUCUACCUGCCUGUGGUCAUCAUGAUCGCCCUCUACUGGCGGAUCUCCAAGGCUAGCCGCAGCCGUGUCAAGAGGAGCAGCAGGAAGACCUCCAAAGCCAGCCUAGGCGAGGUUCCUUCUCGGAGCCAGGAGGAAGGGGAGGGGGGCCGGCACAAUGAAUGCCAGAGCAGGACUGCUAGACUGAGUGUGUCCCAUCCACUAAAUGGGAGGUUGGAAAAGAACAGUUCAUACGCAGAGAGGAAAUUGGUCGGAGGUGGUCCUGCACAGCAGGAACCGGAAGAGGAGUGGACGGCUCCUAGUGAACUAACAGAGAAUAGGCAGGAAAGUGAGAGGUCAAGCCAAAGGCCAAAGACAUCAAAAGGAGGGACCAAAGGAUUGGGUGCUAAACUACCCUGUUUCAAAAGUCAGACCAGGAGUCGGUCCAAACCCUUUCCGGAACCCAGCCCAGUGGCUGAAAAGCAGAACCUGUUUUCAAGAAGUCUGUUUAAGGUUGCCAAACGUAGCUUGGAGGUAAAGUCCACCAAGAGGUGCACUUCCUCCCGGGAGAGGAAGGUGACGCGGACCAUCAUGGCCAUUCUGGUGGUGUUCGUGGCCACCUGGACCCCGUACAACGUCAUGGUCCUCAUCAACACCUUCUGCUCCACCUGCAUCCCCAAUUCGCUGUGGACAAUUGGCUACUGGCUGUGCUACAUCAACAGCACCAUCAACCCAGCCUGCUACGCCCUGUGCAACACCACCUUCAAGAACACCUUCAAGCACCUGCUUAUCUGCCAGUACAAGAACCUUAGCUCAGCUCGAUGAAGGGGGCAGGUGGGCUCAUGGCAGAAUUCAUGCAGAUCAAUGUUGGUACUAUAGGCAAGCUGAACGUUAUCAUACUAAAUUAUGACCGAAGGGUUCUCUUAAAGUGGAUUUGUCUUUGUGUCUCCAUACACUUUUUAAAUUUGAAUCCCAGUGAUCAGUUAAAAAAAAAAAAAGCGUUCAGAAAACAUACAUCAAAUAAUGAUUUGGGGCUACAAGUUACACUAUGUAACUACUUAAAUGCCGCCAUUACUUUUAUGCAAAAUAGUUUGAAGUGUAGAGCCCUUCAAUGUAAGGAUCCCUUAAUCCUAAUAUAUAAUCUCUCUAAAACAUAAAUUUGAACUGUACUAUGGAGGAAACAUUUAUGUUUAGCCAACCAUUUGAACAAAAGUGAAGGGAAACUGUUAAUGUCCAGAAAUGUAAUAUAUUUUGUAAAUGUACAUAUAUUUUGCCUUAGUUUUUCUGAAUGGCUGUUUCCUGUUAGCUGUGGUAAAAGAUUUUCUUCUUCAAUGGGAUUUAAGGGUUGCUUUCUGUUUCUCUGUGUGGGCCUGAACGUCUUUUAAAUACAUACCUGCACCACAAUAGUUAUAUUUGUGACAAACAUGGACUAUGUAGUUAAUGUGAGGAAUUUUAAACUGACAUGAAAAAGUUAUAACAAGGAUGAACAAUAGUGUAAAAUACAAGUUCAGAUAAUUAUAACAUCCAAUAUAUAAGACGUUGGAAUGGAAAUUCAGAGCGAUAUAAGAUUGUGUGCAAUACAAGACAAUCAGACGGCAUAAUAUUCAUGUGAAAGGUUGUUUACGUUUUUGCGUAAGUGUGUGCGCGUGUUUGGGCAUGUGAACAGGUUUGUAACCUGCCUGGUUCCAUGUGGUUGGAUGCGUUGGUUUUGUGUGAAGUGUCAACAUGUUUCCUCCACCAUGUUACUGUCAAUGUGUCAAAGCAUCUCAUAUUCAUCUCAACCCAUGUAUUAAUUGUUCCCAGUAUAAAACAACAUGGUAAAAACCUUA